GGGUACCAGGAACAGGGGAUCCUCUUUGGGUACCGCCCCCCCAGCAGCUCAGCAGCCGAUUGCCUCCUCAGCGUCUUCCAGAUGACCAACGAGACCCUCAACAUCUGGACCCAUUUUGUGCCCGCCUGGUACUUCGUGUGGACCUUGGUGGGGCGGCUGCGGGGCCCGGGGGGCCCUGAGGACCCCAACUCCUGGCCCCUCCUCGCCUACCUGCUGACCUGCUGCAUCUACCCCCUGGCCUCCAGCUGUGCCCACACCUUCAGCACCAUGUCCACCCGCGCCCGCCACAUCUGCUACUUCUUUGACUACGCAGCUCUCAGCAUGUACAGCCUGGGCUCUGCCCUGGCAUACUCAGCCUACAUUUUCCCCCCCGAGUGGCUCCACAGCACCUUCCACCACUGCUACGUGCCCGUCGCCGUGCUGAACACGGCCGUCAGCACCAGCCUCUCCUGCUACUCCAGGUUCCUGGAGGUGGAGCAGCCCAGGUUCAGCAAGGCUUCCCGCACACUGGCCUUUGUGUACCCCUACCUCUUCGACAGCAUCCCCCUCUUCUACAGGUUCUACCAGUGCAGGGUGGAGAGCUGCACGGAUCCUGCCCUCCUGCUGCACUACAAGCACACGGCCUGUGCCUUCCUCACCUGCUUCAUCUUCGCCAGCCACCUGCCCGAGCGGCUCGCGCCC